AUGCACGCUCUAGCACUCCUCCCGGUCCUUUUUGGGCUCGGAGCCUUCGCAGAUCUCCUCAGGACAGAAUUUCCCCACCUCAUCAUUCCCCUAGUUAGCACUGCGCCAAAUACCUCUUUCGGCACGCGCUUAGAUGCAACCAUCAGUUACUCGCCUAGCAGUGGUGCAUCAGAGUUUACCGAGAUCUCCUUCGACGUGCCCAACAACCAAGCAGCCAUCUGCCGCCUCAAAUUCUGGAUCAAUCCCGACCCCAACAAGAACGCUCCACGCGAGCUAUCCGGCGAAGCGCCCUAUGUGUUCAACAUCAGCCGUUUAGAGCCGAAGAUCAACAAAAACUCGGAUAGAUGGAAUAGCUACCCGGCAACGACGGGAUACGUCAAAACGGUGGAGCUCGAUCACUCGGGCGUGAAAUGGCAGGAUGAUGGAUGGUUUUCCUGCCCCAAGGGACAGGUUGCGCAGUUCCUAUUGCGUCCUUCGGGUAAUCGGGCUUUCAGGUAUUAUUGGUUUGAGUUGGAUUACCCAGCAGAUCAGGGCGGGGCGCAUGGAAUUGUGCUGGAGAUGCACACUUGAGGAGGAGAUGUAAUAGGCACAUAUAUAGUUGUUGAGCGACAGCUGUUUUCUUUUCAAAUACGACCGAAAUUCUUUUCUUGGACUGGGAAUUGGUUAUGUAGCUGCCAACGUUGCUUACUUAAACAAAUGACGCCAUAUACAAUGUUACGUAGCAC